UCCCCUCAGUAGUGCUUAAUUAAAGUGGAACACAGUUUAAUCAGAGGAAUGAGCAGUAUAAAGUGCACUUCAAGGGAUUUAGGGUAUUGAGCGUGCAUGAAAAGAUUAUAUUUAGACAGACAGAAGACAUAGACAUCAGCAUAUUUCCCAAUGGCUGAGAAUAAUUUCCCUCCCCUGCCACCGUUUAUCCCCCUGAAGCCAUGUUUUUACCAGGACUUUGAGGAGAUUCCAGAGCAGCACCGCAACAUGUGCAAAAAACUUUACUAUCUCUGGAUAUUGUACAGUGCCACUCUGGUGGUGAAUUUCAUAGGCUGUAUGGCUUGGAUGUUUGCUGGAGGAGGAGUGACGAACUUUGGCAUGUCCAUCAUGUGGCUGAUCCUCUUCACUCCUUGUUCCUACGUGUGUUGGUUCAGACCAGUCUACAAGGCCUUCAAGACAGAUAGCUCCUUCAACUUCAUGGCUUUCUUCUUCAUCUUCAUGGCUCAGGUUGUUAUCAGCACCUUCCAAGCCAUUGGGAUUCCAGGAUGGGGGGUCUGUGGCUGGUUGGGCACUAUUGUCUUCUUUGGCACUAACAUCUUUGCCUCCAUCAUCAUGCUGGUUCCGACCAUCAUGUUUACAGCUGUAGCGGUUUUGUCCUUCAUUGCUCUCACUACGGUUCAUAACAUGUACCGGGGAAGUGGAGGCAGCAUGAGUAAGGCUCAGGAGGAGUGGGCUACGGGUGCUUGGAAAAACCCACACGUUCAGCAGGCCGCCCAACAAGCUGCCCUCGGAGCCGUGCAUGGAGCCACGCAAGCGCAGGAUCCAUCCAAUACACCCAACUACAGCAAUGAGACGUUAAUACAGAAUGAAAUAUAAGGCAAGCAACAGUACAGAGACUUGCCAGAAAGCAGGCCAGGAAUGUUGGAUCUUACUUCUUACAGAUAGAUCAAGAAAGCUUUGGGCACAGCUCUUCUGGAGUAAAAUGUAGAUUGGUGUGCUUAUUUGAAAAAACUAGUCAGAUUUCUGGUUUUCUUUUGUCUGAUGGAUUGUGAUUGUGUCGUUCUUUAGCUCCUUUGUAUUUGAAAGAAAAGCAGACAGAUUUGUAAUUGUCUUUUUCUUUGACUUCUUUGUAUGUAGUAAGAUGGGUUUUAUUAACUUGUAUGAAUUUCCAAAAAAAAAAAAAAAAAACAGUAGAAUUGUCUGUUGUGACAAAAAUGUAACUUAAUGAUGUCAAU